AUGGAUCACCGCCGACUACGCCACCAGGUGGAAACAACGACUCUUGGGAUCUGGUUUACGAGGCCACGGGACAAGUGGCGAGGUUGAAGAUGAACGAUGAAGGGCCUUCCAAAGCCAGAGGCCUUCUCGGCCCUCCUUGGUCUCUCUCUCCACCGCCACUGAAAAACAUCAACACCUCUUUCUAUGCCAAUCAGUGCCUCUCUCACAACCUCUCACAGUCCAAUCAUUUUGAGCAAGCGAGACAUGACCAAAUGAUGAAACAACAGUGCUCUUCUUCGAUUUGGGGAAGGCAAACUAGAGAAAUUUUGUUUUCACUGCAAAACCAGCUUCAGCAACAGAUGAUGGGUCAAAACAGAGGAGGGAGAGUUGUUAAUGGAGGUGGAUUCGAGAAUAAUAAUGGAAGAAAUGCGAGGCCACUGGGUUUGCCUCAGUCUGCAUGGCCUCCUUUGAUGGAUGAGGAUUUUGAUGCUGCCAAUGCUUCUAUUCAGAAGGAGAUUUAGUUGGUGGGCUGGUGUGAAAAUGAAGGUAUGGGUGAGCAAACGAAAGAAAAUUGUGUUAGUUUUUUAAUCAA